AUGCCCGCAAUCAACACAGGAGUCCUCGUCAAGCGCGAGGAGAACUGGGCCAAGCAGGAGGCCGGCGUCGUCGUCGUCUUCUGCCUUGUCUUCGUCAUCGCCUGCAUCGUGGCCGGCGUUUUCAUCUCCAAGAAGCUCACCGCCAGGAAGCAGAGGAAGGCUCACGCCGAAGCUCAGGGUGGAAAAUAA